GUUCUCCGCGACGACUUCCGCGCGACGCCGGCUGACACGGUGGUGGCGGCGGGCGAGAUGGCGCUGCUGGAGUGCGUGCCGCCGCGAGGCCACCCGGAGCCGCUCGUCAGGUGGCGCAGGAACGGUCACGUCAUCAAGGUGCAGGAGUCGCAUAGGCACGAGCUAGUGGACGAGGGCUCCCUGAUGGUGAAGCACGUGGAGCAGAGUGACGGGGGCCAGUACACGUGCGAGGCCUGGAACCUGGCUGGCUCCAAGACCACGGUGCCGGUCAACCUCUACGUGCAUAUCAAACCCAACUUCCUUCGCGGACCCAAGGACACAGUGACUCUGACGGACCGCAAAGUCGAGUUCGAGUGCCAGGUGAGCGGCGACCCUCCCCCUCAGGUGUCUUGGCGUCGACUGAGGGGCCCGCUGCCCGAAGACCGGACCGAAAUUCUCGACGAUCAUACGCUUAGGAUCGGCCGCGUGACCCCCGGCGACGAGGACACCUACGUGUGCGAGGCCGUGAACGUGGUGGGGACGGCGAGAGCGAACGCCACGCUCACCGUCUACACCGCGCCGGAGUUCCUCGUUCGACCGCAAGACGUGAAGGCCUCAGUGGGGUCGUCCGCCGCCUUCGAAUGCCUGGCCGUGGGUCGUCCGUCUCCGCUGGUCGUCUGGAGCCGCCAGGACGACCAUAACCUCCUCCUGCCCCGUCAGGACACGCCGUCAGGAGAGCCCGAUGACCAGCCGAACGUGUGGGUGAACGCGGAGGGCACGCUCAUCGUCAACCAGGUGACCCGCGAGCUGGCGGGAUGGUACUCAUGCGCCGCCGUGUCCGCCGCGGGCUCGCUGGUCGCGCGGGCGUUCCUGGACGUGCCCGCGCCCACGCUGCACCCGCCGCCCGUCAUCUCCGUACGGCCGAGGAACCUGACGGUGACACCCGAGGCCGUGGCGCUGAUGGUGUGCCAGGCCGAGGGCGACCCCACGCCGAGAGUCACUUGGACCAAGGACGGCCACCUCCUCCCCGAGGACGACGCCAGGAUCACGCUGCUCGGCUCCGGCACGCUGCAGAUCAGCGACGUCCGCGAAGACGACGGCGGCACCUACGCCUGCACGGCCACCUCCGACGCCGGCAAGUCCUCCAUCGCCGCCCACCUGAAGGUCGUCCCUGCCAACAGCCCCGCCGCCGCCCGCACCACGCCCGCGCCUGACCCUCGUGAUCUCCCUGGGCCUCCCUUGCCGCCCACUCAGCGCGCCCGUAACUCCACCACGUUGACCUUGGCGUGGGGGCCGCCGGAGCAGGAGGGGGCGUCGCCCAUUACGAGUUACAUUCUCGAGAUUUGGAACGGAUCGGGCCAAUGGACCCCCUUAGAGGAGCACAUCCCAGCCGAGUCCUACACCCUUACUGGCCUCAAACCCAACACGCAGUACAGAGCCGUUGUGAGGGCCAUGAACAUGCACGGUGUCUCCGCGUCGUCCCCCGUGUCCGGCCCCCUGGUGACCGCCGGGGGAGGGAUGCCGGGCGGUGAAGGGGCCAAGGAGACGAACAACGACCCCGAGAUAAGGGCUGUCCUCGCCCACCCACUCGUCACACUCAUGCCGCCCACGCCCAUCUCGUCCACGGCGAUCAGACUGCAGUGGAAGGUCCAAGAAUUCGAAGACUACAUGGACGGCUUCUACGUCCGUUACCGCGACCUGAACUCCGGCACGCACCACUUCGAGAUGGAGGCCGUGACCCGAUCCGGCGCCGCCCACCAGGCCUCCUACACCGUCAGCGACCUCGCCAAGUUCACCGAGUACGAGUUCUUCAUCGUGCCUUACCACCGCAACAUCCACGGCCACCCGUCCAACUCCAGGAUCGCCGUCACGCUGGAAGAUGUCCCGUCAGCGCCGCCGUCGGGAGUCGAGAGCCUCGUCCUGAACGCCUCCAGCGUCGUCCUCUCGUGGCGUCCUCCUCCUCGCGAGCACACCAACGGCAGGAUCACCAAGUAUUCCUUGUGGCUCUUCGUGAACAAGACGGUCCCUCACUCCAACCUCACCCUGGAGGGGAAUCUGCACACCCUCACGCUCUACAACCUGACGUUCGGGAAACACUUCACGGCGACGGUGGCGGCGCAUACGAAGGCAGGUCAAGGGCCGACAAGCGGAGGCCACACGUGGCUGCAGGACCCGUCGGCGAGCUCGGGAUCCGGGGAACCGAAGCGGGUGCCGUCCCCUCUGAUGGCGGUCCUUCGGGAGACCUGGUUUAUCGGGGCCGUCGGCGCCGCGGGCUUCCUGGCGCUCUCCGUCUUCGUCGCCGUCGUCUGCUACCGCCGCAAGAGGAAUGAGAAGCGCGCCAUGGGAGGCUACAAGCUGGACGGGCGCAGCGUGAACGGCACCAUGUCGGGCGGCCUAUGGAUCGAGCGGGGCCCCUGGGGAGGCUCCUCCGGCGGCGCCACCGACGACAAGAGCGACGCGACGCCCGAGAAGCUCCUGAACCUGAACGCCGUGCCCGGGGACUACGCCGAGGUGGACGGCCCCGUGGCGCCGCUCAUGCCCCCGGGCUCGCAGGCGCCGGGCACGCCGGUCGCCUACGCCACCACCAACAUCAUCAAGGCCAGGAAUGGGGAGAAAGUUGAGCCCAAUAUCCCAGUGUACGGCAGCAUGUACGGCGAUAACAGCAUGGUAGGACAGGCCGAUGACAAUCUGGUCACUUACAGUACAUUAAAGAAACAGCAACUUUAUAAGCCCACACUCUCUCCGGCACUUAACGCGAAACAGCCCCACGGCGUAGUGCAGCGCGGGUAUAUACCCCCGUGGGAACAGUACGCCCCUCCCCCUCUGCCCGAGAACCCCCCACCCGAGCACCCCCAGCAGCACCUCUCCCCCCACGCCCAGUUCCCCAACCAGCACACGCAGUGGAGACACCAGUCGCCCAUGGUCAACAGGGCCCUUAAUCGACAGGUCUUCUCAACCGGAUCCCUCCCGCGGCAUCUGAACAAGGUGAAAGCGAGCCCCAUCAUCCCCAAAAGGGGCGUUAACACGGGCGACUUCGACAUCGCCGGCGACCCCCUGCCCCCUCCCCCACCACCCAUGGAGAUCCCAAGGACACCCCCCAUCCGCCGAGACCCCAACGACCCCUUGCCAGUGACCACUAGCGUCGGCCUCCAGGGUUUGCAGGGCCUGAGCGGGUCCCGCAUGAUGGGCGCGCCAGGGGCCCCCAGGCUGAACCGCGACUACAGCCCAGGGAGACUGCCCGACAUGUACGGAGGGAGCUCGAUCUACCAGGGCCCCAUCGACGAGGAAGACGAGAGCGACUGUCCCUACAACGAAGGGAGCGCCAUGUACACCGACCACAGUGCUGUCUACGAAUCCACGUCCGCCUUCUACGGGACUAUGGGUGACAAGGCAUUCGACGCUGACCGCACCAACCCACUGCUGAUUCAGCAGGGCAACCACGUCAGUCCUCAGCAGAGUCCUCAGACCCACACGCUCCACCAGAUGAACGGACUCAGGGAACGCGGGGCGCAAUUCGGCCUGCCUCCUGUAUCCGAGGCACACAAACAGCCUGUGACACAAUCACACCCAGUUUCCCGGUAACCUGGGCAGGAGUGGAAUUACAUUAUAAAUACACCUAAUAGGAUUAUGAUAUUAAAAUUAUUAGCUGAUAAUGAGACGGUUAGGCCCAGUGCGAAUGCCUCGAAGGACAGAUAAACACUUAACUAAACAAGGUACUUCUCUUGUACCAAUGAAUUUCAGAAGGACUGGGAAUGGAAGGGCUUCAAAAUAUUAUGGCAUUAUUCCGUAUAAUCAAGUGUCUGAUGCGAAAACAUCUUUGUCUCCUUACUUAACCUUUUACUAAAAGAUAUCUACCAGUCUGUGGGCUAAGCUGUGUCAUGUGUGUUCACCCAGUGUUUCAAGUGUUAUAGUAAGUGUUGAGUAUGGUUACUGCAAUACAGUAAAUGCAUCAUAUGCCUCCUAGAUUAUGGAAUUCAGCUAUUAUAGGACGGACGUUAUCUAGUCUGAUGUUAUCUUGCUCUUGUAAUGUUUGCCUGAAUAUUUUAAAGCUGAAAAGAAGUGUAUAAAGGAAAACCCAGAUCCAGCAUGUGCAGAUGAUUUUUUUGUGAACAUAUGUUAAUCAUUAUCAGUGGAAAUGGAGAAAGAACAAAAACUAUAUCACUUGCAUUCUCUAAUACAUUUAAUAAGUGAAGGAACUGUCUUCUUUAUGGACUUGAAAAUGCAAGACAUUAAAUUAAAGAGCCCUUCUAUCACUACAUACUGAAUGUAAGGGAUAUGUAGUGACCGCAUUUAUAAUUUUAAAAAAACUGAAUAAAAAAAAUGUUUAGAGUCCAAUGUACAGUGAACCUGUUAGUGGUGUAAUAGAUGCUUGCAGGUAAUCAUACUUGUGUGUGGAAAAAUAGAAAGUGUGUACUGUAGCACUUUUUUAUUAAAUAAUUUAGGUGAACAAGUUAUCAUGAGUCAUUUCAUGGGAGGCUCUUCCUAAAAAUAUUGUACUGAAAAUAAGACUCCUAUAGCAUGUGCUCAUGAAAAUUGUAUAGACAUGUGUAUAUGUUGCCUAAAAGUAAUGUUUGUCUCUGAGCAUGUUAGAUAAUCUGUCAUAGUGUCACGUGCUGAAUAACUAUAUAUAAUAAUCAAGCAUCUACUUGGCACGGAGGAUGAUAUCUAGUAUUAUCUGAGUGGCUAAACAGAUUGCAAUAUACAGUAUCUGAUACACUGAAAAUACUAUUGCACUGUUGGCGGUCACCUGUACACUUAUAUGGCAUCAGCGACCCAUGUCCAGUGUAUGAAGAAUUUUGGGAAUAGAAUCAGUUUUAUGCUGUGAAGCACAUAUCUAACUUGUGAUAGAGAAUAUUACUCACAUUUGGAUAUAUCAUUUUGUCUCUAAUAUAAAACUGAUUUUUUGUUGAUAAUUAGCAGUUAGAAGAAUCAGCACUUUUUGUAUGUAUAUUUUUUCAGACUAACAUAAUUCAUGUGUGCACAAACAAACAUAAAUACAAUAUACAUUUAUAUUCAAUACAUAUAGUAACACAUCAUACAAAACAAAUGAAGGAACAUUUUUUUCUUUAAAUUCAGUCUGUUUCUUGAGAAAACUAUUCUCAAUAGAUAAUGGAAUUUUGUCCAUAUACAUAUUCCCAAUUAUGAGAAAAAUGAAAGAAAUGAAAUUCACAUCAUUUUUAUGUGAGUAACUGUGAGGCUACUAGUCGAGUGUGGGUUCUAACAAUGAAUUAUACAUAUCCCCUAUUACUCCUUAUAUUCCUAAAUGUCAUAUCUUGGUAACGUUGUGCUAAUGAACUAGUGUAUAUAAUAUAAUCUUAAAUUGUGAUUUAACAAAAAAAAGAGGUCAGUGAUUUUUUUUUGUCCAGGGCAGAUUUAGCAUUGUUUUUGUAUACUUACUUGGGUAUAGCAAAGGAGGUUAACUAUAUUCAUAUACGCAACCCAAGUUUGGAAAAUAAAUCUUAUGGUUAAUGAGUUUUGCAGAUCCUGCAAGAUUUUCAAAUAUCUACUCCCAACUUAUGCUAACUAAUGCAUUAAUAUCCCAGCAUCUCGGCUAACCACAUUAUACCCUGCAGAGAUUAUGCUUUGCAGGAAUUAAAAAUAAUAAUAAUAAUAAAACAGAUUAUGUAAAUACAUGUCCCCUCAGCUAUCUAAUUUCAUAUUCCAACUUCAUAAAUCUUAAGCCCCGACAUGCUAUCCUAUGGAGCGUUAUUCUGGCUUGCACUUACACAGCCAAAUGCUCUUUGACCUUUGUUCCAGUAUAAAGGAACGGAAUGGAGUGCGGAAAAGGGUGGCUUCUCACAUUCGCAGAUUUGUGAAUGGGAUGCAGUCCAACGUAAGUCUCCUUGUUAUUUUUUCCGAUUUGAUUUUGCUGUUCGUUUUGUGAAAGUGUUUCUCUUUUAGUGUUAAUUUUCUCCUUUUUUUGUCCUUUUUUGUAUGUACUUUAUAUAUUGGGAUUUGGAGUUAAGAAGUUGAUUGUUUUAUUUUUCGUUUCUGAUGGCAAGAGCUUGUCAUAACUUACCUACUAGAUCAUGCUGCUUCUUAUGAUUUCUCGGUGAAAUUCAAGAAAAGGUAAGAAAUUAUUUGCUUUGGAAGUAAUUUACGGUGCCAUUGUCAUUAACUGAUGACAUAUUAAUAGAGUAUGGUUUUAUUUGUAAAUAAUAGCAAUUUCAUUUGUAAAUAAUGUAUAUUAUGUACAUUUUUACAUAUUUGUAAAUGAGAAUAAAAGAUACCAAAGAUU